CCGGUGUCCCUGGGCUUCUUCUGCGUGCGCUGGUGGGACCAAGGCACCAUCUACCACGAGCUGCUCCACUCCCUCGGCUUCUUCCACGAGCACAACCGCCCCGACCGCGACAACUACGUGGAGAUCCUGUGGGACAACAUCUCAUCGGGCCAGGACAAGAACUUCCGGAAGAGGUCCUACUCCACCGUUGAGCUCGUCGACCUGCCUUAUGAUUUCGAUUCGGUGAUGCACUACAACCCUUACGCCUUUUCCAAGUGGUACUUUUUGGCCCCAACCAUCAAGUCCAGGGCCAAAGGGGCGAGUUUCAAAAGGGCGAAGAAACCUACCACAAGUGACUACAACAAGUUAAACCGACUAUAUAGAUGUCAACGAGAGGGUCGGUUUCAUCAUUCCCAUCUCGGCUACUCCGGUCCCUCUCCCCGGUGGUUUCAAGAAAAUGGUUUCAACAUCUCGGCUAUUGUCCCGCCCCCUCCGCCACGCGACGCCUACCGCAGGAGGAUCCGCGCUGGUUCCAAAAGGCUCCAGGCGAGGGCCAAGGUAGCGCGGUCCCAGCAUCCAGCGUCUGAUUCGUGGAUCCCGGGUUUCGCUUCCCUUCCGUGGUUCAGGAAUCGCAGUCCUACCCCAGUCCCCCCGGUUCUGACACUCAGCAAAAGAUUCGGUGCCCCUGCGUCAGCGCCAGUAUUUCGGGAUCCAGGUUCCGAGCUCAACAGGACUACUACAAGCUACACGAAAAACAGCACAAUGGCCCAGACAGUCACGGUUAAACCCCAGAUGUCAGAGUCUUCUGAAAACCCUCACUUCUUGCAUGAUCGUGAUCUUGCAGACGAUAAAAACAAUACCGCAUCCCCGGAGCUAACUGCAGCCCCACCUGUCCAGGUAAAGUCCCCCGAGCCCACAGUGGAUAGAAUGCCAAACCUAGCCACUGCACCUUUGGGGUCAAUCGCGAGGCAAGAUCCCCAAAAGCUGGAUGCAAGUACUAGGUCUCCUCCAGCGAGACAUUGAAGCGUUUCCAGAAAUCGACCCUGAUGAACUGUUUCUUCAAAUGAAAAUUUAUUAAGCUAUCUUCGUUUUUGGGAUAGUUCAUCCUGGUCACGAAUUCUUCGCCAAAAUUGACAAUUGCCACAUUAUUGUCUGGUUUUAACGGGUAAAAGUUGUGACAUCUGAAUCCGUACAUUUAUAAUGAUAAAAUGUACAGUGUGUCAUACCGGUGGUUUACAUUCAAACUGUCCAGGGAACUUCAGUUGACAUCGGCCUCAGAAUCGUUGCUGAACAAUUUCCAGCAAUUGAAACUGUUAAUGUGUAAGUGGUCAUGUAUAGUUUACUACAUUCAUAUUUCACCCUGUAGAUAACUCAUUGCAGUCAGAUUUGUUACGCGUUGAUCUUAUUGUUAUUAAUUUAAUCAUUUUACAAUCUACAAACUUUUAGCUCUUAAAAAAGGUCCAGGUAAAUGAUCUACCUUUACUAAAUGGCCUUAACAGGUAGGUAUUCAUAGUUGCCAUAUAUACAGCCUUAUAUUUACAUGUGGUAUCGCUGGCGUCGUUUGCCCGAAGUCUGUGUCUUUCGGCAGACGUCCAGCUUGCUCGAAGUCCAUGGCUCUCGACUCGUUUCAGGCCAUGGACCACAAGACCAAUUGAAAGAUUUGUCUACUGUGUCAUUUUAGUAAUUUUAAGUUGCCAAGAACAUUUUUGUUUGAAAUACAUUUCAAAAAAGAGAAACUUGAUUAUAUAUCAGUAGCCUAUGGCCAUAGUAUUGUGAAUUUGGAACAUUUUAGAAACUUCAGCUUGCCAUCUUAUUUCUUACAUAAGAAUAAUACAAUAAAAUGAGUGACUAAUGGAUAUUUUCAUAUUUGUACUAUUUUAAAUAAAUAAACAUGUAUCAAAUUUGCUUAUUUACCAAAUGCAAUGGAUGUCUUGUACUCAUCCUAGACCACAAGGUAAGUCCCAGGGAUGGUAUUCACGAAAGAGAAAUAGACGAAAACUGCCUGUCACAUAUUUUCGUGGGCAGUCAUUGACAAAUUUGCUGAGUCAAAGACAGAUGAAAAUUAUCACAC